AUGUUCUCCAGGAAGACUACCCGUGCCGCAGCCGCCGCCGCCGCCAGCGCCGCCGGCCCAUCCACCCAUCCAACCCCCGCGCCCUCUACAUCCUCCGCGCCUUCGGCAAUGCGAACGCGCUCAGGAAAACUCCUCGCUCCGCUGGUCGAGGGGGCAAGGGCCGUCCGGUCCAAGCUGACCGGCGGGCGUCGGGGCGCAAAGGCCCCCGCCGAGGUGCCCGCGCCUCCCGAGGCCUCCACGUCCGCGCAGGCGGACGCGACGUCAUCGAACGUUGCUAGCGCCGACCGCGCUCCUGCACCCCGCAAAGCCGCGCCCAAGAAGCGCCCAGCGACUCCUCGUGCCCGAGCGGCCAAACGCAAGGCGGCGGCGGCCAACUCGGCUCCUGCUCCCCUGCCUGAAGCUGACACCACCCCCGUCGCCUCCGCUCUCGUCGCCAUCGCCGCUCCUGCACCCGCGCCCGUUGCUGUCCCUCCAAGGGUUGCCACGCCCACCCCAGGGCCAUCCUCCCCGCCCCACUCCGAUGCUCCUGCCCAGCCGGCCGUCCCUGCGCACCGCCGUCUUCAGCGCCAAGGCGCAUGCUACCUCGACAAACAUGGAUGGGCACUGCCAGAGGGUGUAUCCAUCGACAAGGACGGGAACCCGCCGCUCUCUGCGCUGCUGGAGGUGAUCGAGAAGAAGAUCUCGCUCGAGACUUUCUUGGGCGAAGACAAAAUUCCGGUGCAAGAUAACCUCUACGGCUACAACGACGAGAGGCUGCAAGGCCCCAUCCUCUCUCGCUUCUAUUUUUGGCCCACAGACCGCGCCCCAAUAAUCAUCGGCCCAUUCUAUGAGCACGAAUUGUGGUGGCAGGUGCUGGGCGAGUGGAACCCUACGGUCUUACCCACUGUCCGGCGGAUGCUGCGGCAGGACGCGGACGCGCCGGAGGGUCCUACCAUCGGGACGCGGAUCACCAGGCAGUACGCUGACUUCUUCGGCGAGGACGGGCUGCCCUUGCCCUUCGAGGACGACGGCACGGGCGAGCCGGUGCCCAUUGGCGAGAUGGUCGCCAACCUGCUCAAGGCGGAGAGGACGGGGCCUCUCCCGUCAACAUGGCAUGGGCCGUUUUUCGAGCAAGAGGGCGAGGCGUCGCAGAGUGUCGCCGUCGCGGCGCCUGCUUCCUCCUCCGUCUCCGCCGUCUCCACUCCCCCCACCUCCGCCUCUGCCACCCCCGCCUCCGCCCUUGCCACCCCCGCCCGUGCCGCCGCCUCCUCCUCCUCUUCGGCCGCUGCCUCCUCCUCGGCCGCUGCCUCCUCCUCGGCCACCCCUGCCACCUCCGCCCCUGCCCUAGCUGUUGCACAAGCAAACGCCGUGCUCAUCCCUGUGGAUGAGAACGGUAUCGUCACCCACGGCUCCGUGGAAGACAUGCCUCGCCCACCGCCGGUCGCUGUGCGCAUCAGCAGGCAGGACGCCGUCUACCUCGACAUGAACGGCAACGCCCUGCCUGCAGGGGAGACCACGACGGCGGCGGCGCAGUUCCCCCAGGCCGCCCCACAGACCCCUCCCCGCGCCGGCCCCUCGCGCGCGACCGAUGCGGGGCCGCCGCUGCCGAUGAAAAUCCGGGCGCUGGGAACGCCGAAGCCCGUGCUGCAGGACCUCUUUGCGCGCCGCAGCCAGGGGCCGAUGGUUCCGCAGUCGUCCUCCACGCAGGGCGGACAACCAGGCGUCAGGGUUGAACCUGCUGAAGAGGGCCCCGGGGAACCAGACGAGGGCCCCGGGGAACCAGAAGAGCCAAAGAAGCCAGAGGAGCCAAAGGAGCCAGAGGACCCUCUGAUGACCGAGCUGAAGAAGCUGCACACCGAGAAUCGGACGCAGGCGCUCGCAUGGAAGAAGUGGCACAAGACCUCCAAGGUCCUCUCCGCGAACGCCAAAGGCAAGAAACGCGCGCGCGCGCCUGAAGACGAGCAGGCUGAGGUCGACGACCGCCCGCAGUACAAGCGCGUCUGCACCGCGGACGUGCGCGAGUACUACACGGAGUUCGCGGGUCUGCUGACGGUGAGGAUGUCCGUCAUCCCCCUUCCCGAUUACCUUCGGGACGGUGAUGAGGUCCGUGUUGGGAAAAGGGAGCACUGCGACGCGUGGGAGAAGAAGCGUUCCCGCGACGAGUUCGAGAAGGACAAGGAUGCGGCGGCGGAGGAUUCGGACGAGCGCGCUGCGAAGAAGGCGCGUGUGGAGCCCGAGGUCACGACUGAGGGCUGAGAAAAAGCUCGGACUUGUGUACUGAUACUGUAUAGAUGCGUGUAUAACCUUUCUCGUGUAGAUACCCCACGAUACCGUCGCAUUGGACUUGUAAC